GGUCGCAAAUGUCCCAAACUUCCACAGGGCAGCUCGGUGCUGGUGUCCAACCCAAGCCCCAGGUCUACUCAUCCCUGAUCCGCAGCAGCUCCCGGGGUGGCGAGCACGCCGCCUGCUUCACGGAGCUCCGGAGGAACUUCGUCAACAGCCGCCCGGCCAAACUCAAGAACCUCAUCCUGCUGGUCAAGCACUGGUACCGCCACGUAGUAGCUCAAAACAAAGAAGAAGAACCAGCCGGUGCCUCUCUACCCCCAGCCUAUGCCCUGGAGCUCCUGACCAUCUUUGCCUGGGAGCAAGGCUGUGGGAAAGACCGUUUCAACAUGGCCCAAGGCCUCCGGACUGUCUUGGGCCUUGUCCAGAAGCACCAGCAGCUGUGUGUGUACUGGACAGUCAACUAUGGCAUUGAGGACCACGAUAUGAAAACACACCUUCUAGGCCAGCUUCGGAAGCCCAGGCCUCUGGUCCUGGACCCUGCUGACCCUACCUGGAAUGUGGGCCAGGGCAGCUGGGAGCUGUUGGCUCAGGAAGCAGCAGCUCUGGAGUCACAGGCCUGCCUCAUGAAUGCAGACGGGACACCUGUGCAGCCAUGGGAUGUGAUGCCCGCCCUCCUUCACCAGACCCCGGCCGGGGACCUGGACAAGUUCAUUGCUGAGCUCCUGCAGCCCAACCGCCAGUUCCUGGCUCAGGUGAACAAGGCCGUCAACACCAUCUGCUCCUUCCUGAGGGAGAACUGCUUCCGGGGCUCUCCUAUCAAAGUGCUCAAGGUGGUCAAGGGUGGUUCCUUAGCCAAAGGCACAGCUCUGCGAGGCUGCUCCGACGCCGACAUCGUGGUGUUUCUCAGCUGCUUCAGCCACUUCAGCGAUCAGGGAAGCAGGAGGGCAGAGAUCAUCUCUGAGAUCCGGGCUCAGCUUGAGGCGUGUCAGCAGGAGCAGCAGUUCGAGGUCAAGUUUGAGCUCUCCAAGUGGGAGAAUCCCCGUGUGCUGCAUUUCUCCCUGACAUCUCAGACCAUGCUGGGCCAAAGCGUGGACUUUGACGUGCUGCCAGCGUAUGACGCCCUAGGCCAGCUGGUGCCCGGCUCUAGGCCCAACCCUCAGGUCUACGCAGACCUCAUCCACAGCUACAGCAACACCGGCGAGUUCUCCACCUGCUUCACCGAGCUGCAGCGCGACUUCAUCGCCACGCGGCCCACCAAGCUCAAGAGCCUCAUCCGGCUGGUGAAGCACUGGCACCGACAGUGCAACAAGGUGCCCAAGGGGAGAGGCCCCCUGCCCCCCCAGCACGGGCUGGAGCUGCUGACCGUGUACGCCUGGGAGCAGGGCAGCCGGGACUCGCAGUUCAGCAUGGCCACCGGCUUCCGCACCGUCCUGGAACUGGUCACCCAGUACCGCCAGCUCUGCGUCUACUGGACGGUCAACUACAGCACUGAGGAUGAGACUGUCAGGGACUUCCUGAAGCUGCAGCUGCAGAAGCCCAGACCCAUCAUCUUGGACCCAGCGGAUCCCACAGGCAACUUGGGCCACAAUGCACGCUGGGACCUGCUCGCCAAAGAAGCGGUGGCCUGCAUGGCCGCCCUGUGCUGCACGGGCAGGGAUGGCGCCCCCAUCCCACCGUGGCCCGUGAAGCCAGCACCACUCUUCAUGACCCCCAGCCAUCUUCUGGACAAGUUCAUCAAGGAUUUUCUCCAGCCCAACAAGGAUUUCCUGGGGCAGGUCCGCAGUGCUGUCAACAUUAUCUGUGAUUUCCUUAAAGAAAAUUGCUUUCGAUACUCACCUACCAAGGUCCAGAAGGUUGUCAAGGGGGGAUCAGCCGCCAAAGGCACAGCUCUGAAGAAUGGUUCUGACGCUGACAUCAUCGUGUUCCUUGACUCCCUUAAGAGUUACACCUCCCAAAAAGAGCAACGGAGCCAAGUCAUCCAGGAGAUCCAGAAACAGCUGGAGGCCUGUCAGCAGGAGAAGGAGCUUGAAGUGAAGUUUGAGGUUUCGAAAUGGAAGGCUCCCAGGGUGCUAAGCUUCUCCUUGAAAUCCAAAACUCUCAACGAAAGUGUUGACUUUGACGUACUGCCCGCCUUCAAUGCACUGGGUCAACUGACUGCUGUGUCCAAGUCCCAGGCCUAUGCACAGCUCAUUGGUCUGUACAAAUCCUCAGAUGUCCUGGGGGGAGAGUUUUCUACCUGCUUUACAGAGCUACAACGCAACUUCGUUGAAUCCCGGCCCACUAAACUGAAGGAUUUGAUUCGCCUGGUGAAACAUUGGUACAAACAGUGUGAAAGGAAAUUGAAACCAAAGGCAUCUCUGCCCCCAAAGUACGCCUUGGAGCUACUGACCAUCUAUGCCUGGGAGCAGGGGAGUGGAAUGAAUAAUUUUGACACUGCUGGAGGUUUCCGGACUGUCCUGGAGUUGGUCACAAAAUAUGAGCAGCUCUGCAUCUUCUGGACGGUCAAUUACAACUUUGAAGUUGAGCUGAUGAGGAAGUUCCUACUGACCCAGAUCCAGAAAACCAGGCCUGUGAUCUUGGAUCCAGCCGAUCCCACUGGCGACGUGGGUGGAGGAGACCGCUGGUGUUGGAACCUUCUCGCAAAAGAAGCUAAGGAAUGGUUUUCCUCUUCCUGCUUCAUAAACGGGUCUGGGUACCCCGUACAGCCAUGGAGAGUGCCAACAGUGCAGACACCAGGAAGUUGCGGAGCUAGAGUCUACCCUGUUGUCAAUGAGACAUUCCCAGUCAGCUGUCAUUCAACCCUGAUUUGGCAAUAUUAGAAGAAACUUCUAGAGGUCAUCUGGCAAUUGCUGCUAAAGACUCAAUUCCCCCUUGCUGGUUCCCACCCUCUUU